UCUCUCUCUCUCUCUCUCUCUCUAUCUCCCCUGCCCCUAUCCUAUUUUCCUCCUGAAACUACUCCCUUCUUGCAUCUGUCUUUAUGUGCAUAUGUCUCUCCUCUUCCAGUCGCUCACUCUCUCUUUAUUUAUAUUAUCUCUCUUCCCUCUUUCUCUCUUUCUCUCAUGCUUUCUCUCCUACUCCUCUGCCUUCUCUUCCUCGCUCACCAUGUCCUAUUUUUUAAAUUUCAUUAUUUUUUAAUCUCUAUCCUUUCUAUCCUUUACUUUCUCUUUCUGGAUUUUUCUUUUGACUUUUCUUCAUCUUCCCCCCUUCCCUCUUGUCUGUAGACUUGUCGAAUACAUUUUUUUAUCCUUUUUUCCCCUCCGCAAUGAUGCAAUAAAGUUAAAUUGAUGUAGUGUUAUCUAAUCAUACUCGAGUUAUCAGGUUAUCAUUGCAGUCAGAUGCGGAUUUACAGGCCUAGCAAAAAUGCAGUAACGAUUUUGUUUACACGUAAAAGAGUAGAUGGAAGCAAUUGAUAGUUAAAGUAAACUAGUAAAAAGACUGAAUUUAACAAACCAAACGCUGAUCAUCGAAUAAAAAAUUUCAUUUCAAAAAGAAGUUUUGUUCUUAGUAGAGAGAAACAGAUAAAUAGAAAGAAAGAAAGAAAGAAAGAGAGGGGAGGAGGAAGGGGGAGUAUAAGAAAAAAAACUAAUGAAAGAUAAUAUCCCAACAUCUUUCACCAUGGCAUAGGUAUACAGCCUACAAUUAUAGUUCCUUCCCUAUAGCCUUGUACUUGGUUUCUUCGUCCUAUUUAUAUUAUUAGACGAGACUUGCUUAUAAUCCUUGAUAUUUCUUUCUACUUGAACUAUUUCUUUCAUUGCCCUAUCUGUUUACUCUUAUAUAAAGUUUUUUUUUCACCCUAUACAAGUCCUCUCCUAGUUUACAAUGUGUUUUACGAUCAAUUCUCAUUUUUCUUUCUAAUAGCGACAUCUAGGGGUUUUAAAGUGGAUUAGGAAAACAAGGCAAACUAAUUUUUGUCACCUAUUUGAUGAAAACCGAACCCUUUUGGUUUUCACAAGGUUACGAUUUCCAGGGAAAUAUGUUAUAAAUAUAUCAAAUAUAUUUUAUUCUAUAUUCCUUUCUGUCCUUGUCUCUGUCUGUCUAUCCCUCUCUCUCUCUCUCUCUCUCUCUCUCUCUCUCUCUCUCUUCCUCUUUAUAUAUAGUUUAGUUUAUGCUGAGCUUGCAAGGUAAAGUAAAAGAAAAAAGGAUCAAAAAAAUAGAAUGGAAAAUUAGAAUAUAUAGAGAAAGAGAAAAAAGAUGGGAAGAGAAUUAAUGAAAGGAGAAUAUAGACAUACAGAAUUAAACACAAGUUUUAAUGGUCUUGACAAAUUAUUACUUUUUUUUUAUUCGUUUUCGUAUCUUUACAGGUGAAAAGCAAUACAAAUUUGAGGAAGUAUUACCAGUUUAUACAUCCUUGAGUAAGGAUACUGAUACUGGUACUUUUGCCGAUUUUAUGGAGGCAUUCAAAACGUUUGAUAGAGAAGGGCAAGGCUAUAUUUCAGCUGCUGAAAUGAGGCAUGUUUUGACUUAUAUGGGAGAACGUCUGACGGACGGAGAAGUAGACGAUAUUCUAAAGUUUACUGAAACUGAAGAAGAUUUGGAUGGAAACAUAAAGUACGAAGAAUUUAUCAAGAGGGUUAUGAAAACUGAGAAGACUAUUUAAAGGCUAGUUAUAUAUUGGUCUUGUCACUUUUGUUUCCCUGCUUUUUCUCUUGUCCGUUUGUUUCAAUAUAAUUCAUCAUCUCAUACUUUUAUUAUUAUUAUAAUUAUGUUAAUUAUUAAUAUAUUAUCAUAUAUAAUCUGUUCCUCGCAUCAUCGUCAUCAUCUUCAUCGUUAUCGUCAACAACAUCAUCAUCAUGAUCAUCUUCUUCUUCUUCUUCUUCUUCUUCUUCUUUUCGUCUAACUAUUAAUGAUUGGAUAUAUUUUCCGUUUGGAAAUUUUAGGAGUGGAAAAAGACUAUCUAACAGUUUUGACAAUAAAACUGAAAAUAGAUAAAAUUAACGGUAAUUAAUGGGAAAAUGCUCAUUUUAUCAAUAAAGAAAUGAAUAUAUGUAUGCAUGUAUGUAUGUUUACACAACGCAAGAAGAUGAUAGUAAAUACAAUUUGUUUAUUUAAUCCCAAUCUUUUGGCUAAAGACUCUUGAAAUGUACUAAUCACUUUUUGACUCUAAAAGUGACGCUUAACAAAAGUAAAAAACGAAGAAAAAAAACAGAUAAAAAGAUAAGAGGAAGCGAGACAAGACUGAUAAAAACAAAAUCAAUCUAAAAGUCUAAAAGAGUAAAGUCGCCUUCUUUCCUUCUUAGCGUUCCGUUAUUUUUGGUUGUCAUUCCCACAAUAAUUGCUGCCUUUAAUAGAAAAGUGGAAGGGUUAAACGUCUUUACGGUACGUUUACUGUAAUGAUUUUAUUGUCAAAAUGUACUAUCCGUAUGGUCGUAUAUACACCAGGAUUUUGAGUAUAAAUACAAAAAAGACAUGCACUGGAAAAUUCUUACAAUAUGCAUAGAAUCGUAUUCUUUAAUAAGCUAACCGUAACACGUGAGGAUAUUGAAAAGAUUAU